AUAAAGAAGUGUCACAUGCGAUAUUAAGUGAGAAGUAUGCUAAAAUUGCAGAAACAUUGAUGAUGCAAGAAUCCAAAGCCAAUGAGACAGAAAAGCUGUAUGAAAUACUGCAGAAGAAGUAUCAGCGAUGUCAUGAACAUCUCUCUGCAUGCAAAGAAACUCAAAACUGUAAACUUUGUGAGGAAGGAUGGAAGUCUCUUGGUUUGAAAUGUUACUACUUCUCCCCGAAUAAACUGAACUGGACUCAGAGUAGAGAUGACUGUGUGGAGAAAGGAGGCCACCUGGUGAUUAUAACCAGCCGAGCUGAACAGGACUUUUUAUCUUCAAAAAUUCAAAUCACACACUGGGUUGGCCUGAAUGACUUGGAGACUGAGGGAAAGUGGAUGUGGGUGAACAACCAGCCUUUACAAGAGCCUUUAACGUUCUGGUUUAGCGCUCCAGAGGGACCAAAUCAGCCUGAUAACCGGAAAAAUCGAGACCAUUCUGGAGAGAACUGUGGCACUCUGGGGGAUGAAAGUGGUAACAUAAAUAAAUGGUUUGAUGCUUCAUGUAAAAAGCUUAGAAAGUACAUCUGUGAAAAAUGAAAGACUCUUUUUACAUGCAUUUUUGCCUGAUAUAACUGGUGUUUUUAAGAAAAGGUUAAAAAAAUUCUGAUUUGAUAUUGUAAAACAGCAACAGGGGGGAAGUUGCAUUCAGCCUCAUUCAUUUAUUUAGGUACACUGCAACAAAAAGCUUGUUUGAUAGUUGUUGCAUGUGGGAGCCGUAGCCUGGGCCAAUGACAGGCUGAAGACAACUGAAACUGAAAAAAGAACAACAAAUUUUGAGUCUGAUAUUGUAAAAUAUCUAACAAUUAAAUGUAUCCCUGCACUGUGUUUUCAACAUGUCCCCAAACAGCUUUAUUUUUAAAUACAUGGCAACUGUGC